AUGCAUCCGAUGCAACAAAGCGGGGCCUCGGUAAACAGAGAUCUUCAAGAUCUGAACCAUUGGGAGAACGAGGCAAGGUCGCUUCGUUCCGCGGGUCCCGCCCGACUGCUCGUCCUUUUCUUCUGCAUCUCCUCUUCUUCUCUCCACUGUGCAGCGGGAGGCCUCGUUGCAUGCAGGAGACAGCCAGGUUCGCUUCUGUCGACUUCAGCUCACGCCGCUUCUCCAACAGGGAGAAGAUGGACAUCCCAACAGAGACUUGUCGCCUCCGCCUCAGACAGCUUCUUCCCCUUCGUUUUCUCGCCGCGGCCGAGACGCCGAACGGUUGGGAACCCAAGUUCUAGCUCUUCACUGUGGGUCUCCUCUGUCUCUACACUGCGAGUCAGAAGACUGGUGCAGCGCCGUUCUCCUGCGGCGAACACUGGCUGUCCUCUACAUUUCACUUCGCUCUUCUUCUCUCCCAAAACUCAGGCAGAUCGUGUGCAUUCGACUGGCAAAUCCUCUGUCUCGUCUCAGAGAAUUAACCGACUGGGGUGCCGCCGUUGGUGUCCGUCGCAGGGCCUCCCGUAUCCCGGUGCCUCCGCAAGAAGCCGGAAACGGAAGCUCGCCUUCGCGAGUCUGUACAGAGGAGACCCUCCCGGUUUCUCUGUCCUCUGCGCCUUCGCGUUUUCGCCUGCGUCUUCUUCUCUCCUGAGACGCGAGAGCGACAUGGCAUCCCCACACCGCGAGCGUCGAGAGGACGCCGUGAGGCAACAGGCGCAGGAGACAGAUCCGCGCUCCGCGCUGCCAAGCAGACCAGACUUUGCUGGUGAGCUUUCUGAGAUCCGGCGUCUGCGUGCUGCCAAAUACAGAGAACACAAACAGAGUGACUCGGUCUCUUCUGCACCUUCUUCCCGUUCUCUCCCUCCUGCCUCGUCUUCGUCGUCGUUUGCAUCUCUCGCGUCUCUGUCCUCCCCGUCGGGCAGCGGCGCGUCUGCGUUUUCUGCGGGGUACGAGGGAACUCGAGACAGAAGCGCGACGGCCGCCGCUUCCCUGGGUUCUUCGGAGCCGGCAACUUUCCCCCAGGGCCGGCGCGCCGAGUCCUUCAGACUGGAGAGAAAGCUGGACGACGCAGUGCAUCUGCAGGGCGGUCGUGGCAGGGAGGAACGGAGUCUGAGAGCAGUCGAACGAGAGGAAGAAGAGCAAAAGAGGUUCUCCGCUCUCGCCUGUCGACUGGCGCGCGCUGCGCGCGAGGGCGAGACAAGGGAGGAGACAGAACGACGCUUUCAGGGCCCAGGGAGACGACUGGGAGAAGAGAGGAGAGAACAGAGACCCCAAAAAGGGAGAGACAGAGGCGACGGGGUGCCUCUGGGGAGUCUGCUGAGAAAGAGAGGGAGAGAGCAAACGGAGAGUCGAGAUGUCAUCGUCGUGGAGGAAGAGACGAAGGCGGAGACAGGCGUGAGAUCCUCAGAGAGAGGCUUCGCGGAAGGGAUGGAGACAGAGAGCAAGCAGAAGGAUGCGAUGAUGGAGACGGAGGACAGGAAGGGAAAGGCCGCCGAGGCGGUCGAACCUCAGGAGUCGCAGGAAGGCAACUGCCUGCCAAUUUGGUCGAGUCAGUUCGAUGUCUUGACCUGGAACUUGGACGGCCUCGACGAGGGGGCGCUGCGCGUGCGGACUGCUGCGGUAGCUUCAACUGUCCGUACGCUGCGUCCGGCCGUUGUGAUGUUUCAGGAGGUCGUUGCGGUGUCUCUACAGCUUCUCGCGUCGCAUCUGUCGCCUCUGUACCACAUCUAUACGCCUUCUUCUUCUCUGGGUGACGCCGCCGCUUCGCUGCUCCGUGAAACGGAUAGCUUCUCACCCGUCUCUGGACCACCCCCGCCCCUCGGCUGUCCGUACUUUUGCGUAUUGAUGCUGUGCCGAGAACAGAUGCUGCCGCUGGACGUCGACCAAGGCGCCCUCACAGAGUGGUUUCCUCACAGCCAGAUGGGCCGGCACCUGCUGGGGAUCGUCGCGGCGCCGAUGAGCUGGCCAGACGACCGCCUCCUCUUCCUCACAUCGCACCUUGAGUCGAUCAAGGAGUACCGAGAGGAGCGCGUCCGCCAGUUCCGCCGCUGCAUGCAAGUCGUCACGCGCAGCUUCGCCCACGUCAGCGAAGAGGAAACAAACCAGUCAGCUUCGGAAGCGGGGCAGCAGAGAAACGGUGAAACCGGGGAGAGAGUGGAGACACGGGAGACAAGGGAGACAGAGGAAAGAGAGGGUGUAGGGGAGAUGGCGGAGUGGAAGCCCGCGUUUGCGGCGGUCUUUGGAGGCGAUACCAAUCUCCGGGACUCCGAGUUGGUGCAGGACGGCGCCUCGGGGUGCGGGGGGAAGGCGGAGAAGUUUUCUGGGAGGCCGCAGAAGACACCGAACGAAGAGAAGAGGCGGCCGCGCUUGGCAAACGAGAGUGGAGGAGGGGAGACCGAAUCGGUGUCGAUCAUCCCCCGCAGCGUCCGAGACGUUUGGGAAGUUCUGGGCAGACCUGACGAGUGUAGGUACACCUGGGACAUGCUGCGAAACGACAACAAACAAAUGAAGUGGCGCCCGAGGCUUCGCUUCGACCGGCUGUACUGGUGGAGCCCGAGAGCGAGUUCGUCCUCUUCGCCUUCGAGUGGGCCGGCUCCCGGAACGAUCGCCAAGGCUGACAAGACUGGGAGGGCUGGCGAGACGGAAAUGCCAGCUCUCACAAAAGACUCCGAGAGCCGCUCUUCUUCUGCUUCACUUCAGCGUGGACGAGAAAAAAAAGACGAGUCGCUUCUCUCCACUGGCGCACCAGGGACCCAGACACCUAUGACCUGGAUUCCUCAGUCUCUGCGGCUCGUGGGCGUCAACCGCCUGCCGACGUGUGGCCGCUUCCCAAGCGACCACUUUGGUCUUCUCGCGCGAUUCAAGCGCGGGCCGAUCGCAGAGCACAGUGAGCACUGAGUUUGGAGAAAUUUGUACUGAUGUGUAUG